AUGGUUUCACCGAGUCGGAGCCUGGAUCAACUAGUCAAAGGUUCUCCAGCUUCUGGCAGUCAUCCACCGUCAUCCUCGACUGCUUCCAAGCAAUUGAGCCCGCUUCAGCCGGCCUUCUCCCCAGAGUCGCCGGACGCCUCGUCCCCACCCCGUUCGUCGACCCCGGAUCUGCUCUCGACUUUACCUUCCUCUCCGCCUCAAAUCUACCUAAAUCUUCUCAUCCUCGAGAGCUCGCUGAGAGCUCAAUACCUGGCUUUACGCGAACGCCGACGACAAAAUACCUUCUUCCUUCUCCUGCUUGCCGCAUGGAUUGCCUACUUUGGCUACGCGCUCUACCUUCGGCCGCGGGAAGAUGGCAGUGGGGUGGGAGGAUCUGUCUACUGGAUGGUUGAAAUGGGAGAGAAAGUUGCGCUUCUAGGAGGUGUCAUCACGGCGCUGCUGGUUUGGGGUACAGGACAGUGGGAGCAGGGAAUCCGAUGGCCCCGGCGCUGGCUCGUCGUCGCCAACCGCGGUCUACGCACCAUGAACACCAAGAUCGUCAUCAUCCGAGGUCCUUGGUGGCAGGAAUUGCUAUCCUACCUCUCCUUUCUCUUCCCGUUCUCGGUCCCCUUUUUCCCUUCCCCAACGGGGAACUUCCACUAUCUUGAGCGCCCGUCGUCGGAGAAGCGCGGUAGUCGGCAGCACUAUCAGCAGUAUUACAACAACGUCGACAGCGAAUCGGGUCUGGUGGAGGAAGAUCUCAGCCCCGGCGGCGAUUACAUCCGGUUGCUCCUCCUUCCGAAAUCCUUCUCGCCCGAAUUUCGCGAGAACUGGGACGACUAUCGCUCUGAGUUUUGGGAAAAGGAGAACGAGCGACGCGCUCAGCUGCGCGAGAAAUUGCGGCAGAAGGAACGCCAGCUGGCGCAGCAGGAGGGCGGCUGGUUCUGGUGGCUCGGCUUGGGCUGGAAGGCAUCCCAACGGCGGCGACUUGUCGCGGCAAGCCUCAAAGCCAGCGAAGGCGACAAGCACCGCCUUCACCACCACCAUUCCUCCUCCAGCAUCUCCAAGCACGGCCACGACCUCAAGUCUCCGAUUCGGCGUAGCACGCGCUCCGAAUCUCACUCGCGCACCCCUUCUCGUAGUUCGACCCCAGUGGACAUCGACGACCGGCCCCCCUCCCGCUCUUCUGGCACCGGCCGUCCUCGUCGCGGAAGCACCACCCCGUCCUCGACCGCGUCAGGCACAGAGCACGGCUCGCAGCAGCGAAAAAAGAAGGGCACAAAGUCGCUUUCUCGCGGGCUAUCGCCGUUGACCCAGGUUCAAAUCAGGGAGGGCAUUUACAGCACCCCUUCGUUCUCUUCCGACGAUUCUUCCUUCAUGGGCAUCCCGGGAGAGAGAAAGGAAGGCAGUGAAUCCCGAGAGCCGAGUCCUGCGUAG